AUGCUAGGUAAGCAUCUAUUACCUUGCUUAGUGAAGCACCAGCCUGUAUCCACUCUUCCUCUAACUUUGCUACAACUGUUUGACAGGGAUCCCCUAAAGAGGCAUCUUCAGUGGCAUACCAUGGGUUCACAACUUGUCAAAUAUUGUGUGUUCCAAGCUGCUAUUAGAUUCUUGGACUGUGCCCUAGCACCUUUAUCCACACAAGACUUUUGCCAAACUGCUGAGAUCUCGCAAACAGUAUGCACAGCCAUCCAAAUUGGUCUAGUUGAUCUUCUUGCUUCGUGGUCUAUCCGGCCCUCUGGUGUAGUGGAACAUUCUUCUGGGGAGAUGGCUGCAGCAUAUGCGGCAGGAUGUAUUACUGCAGCUGAAGCUAUAACUAUAGCUUACUUUCGCGGUCAAGCUGUUGGUAAGAACAAGAAGAAAGGUGCUAUGCUAGCAGUUGGCUUGGGCAUCAAUGAGAUAUGCAACUACCUCAAGCUGGAGCACUUCGAAGACAAAGUUGUAGUCGCGGCUAUUAACUCACCGGAGAACAUCACGCUAUCUGGUGAGGUAGAAACAAUCACAGAGUCUAUGACAAUUCUCACCAAAGAUGGCAUAUUUAAUCGAUUGCUCAACACAGGAGGAAAUGCAUACCACUCACAUCAUAUGAUUGCAUUGGGCUCUACCUAUAUCAAUAUACUUGCCAACGGGCUUACACAUAUGAUGCAACUUGGUUUGAGUGACAAUAAAAAACGGUACGCUCGAAUUCCAUGGGUCUCCUCUGUCACUCCAGACAAGGGUCUAUCUGGAUUUGAUGUUACAACGGGAUAUUGGAAAGCGAAUCUUGAGUCUCCCGUUUGUUUCUCCGAGGCUGUAUCGAUCUUAGUCGGUUCAGAACAUAAUACGGUUGAUGUUUUAAUCGAAAUCGGGCCCCAUGGUGCCUUGAAGACCCCUCUGAACCGAAUAUUGACAAGCUUAGGGCAAUCUAUCCUGUAUGCGCCAUCAUUGAUAAAGAACGAAGACAGCAGAGUUUCAAUACUACGGCUUGCUGGUACUCUCUUUUGCCGUAAUGCCAAAGUCGAUUUAGUAUCAGUCAACGCAGUUGACCAGCCCCUGGUGACUGGUUUACAGGUUGUGCAUGGUUGCACCACUAUCGAUCUGCCGCCGUAUCAAUACACCUACGGGCCCAUAUCUUAUACCAAUAAGUCGAAAGAGCAGAAUACUAUUGAGUGGAGUCUAACAAUCUAUCACUUUAAGAUCCAUCUGUAUAGAUGGAAGGAGAUGCGGCGCUAUCUGGAAAGAUGGAUAAAACAGAGCAGCCCAUAUCAGACUGCCGAUUAUAUGGACUAA